GCCUUCGCCUCAGCGGCCAAGAUGAAGAUCGUGGAGGAGCCCAACACGUUCGGGCUCAAUAACCCGUUCUUACCUCAAACAAACAGGCUGCAGCCAAAGGUGGCCCCUUCUGCAGUGUCAGGUCCUGCACAUCUCUUCAGGCUUGCUGGCAAGUGUUUCAGUUUUGUGGAAUCCACGUAUAAGUAUGAAUUUUGUCCUUUCUUUAAUGUCACUCAGCAUGAGCAGACUUUUCGGUGGAAUGCCUAUAGUGGAAUUUUAGGAAUCUGGCGCGAAUGGGAAAUUGUCAACAAUACGUUUGUUGGAAUGUGGAUGAGGGAAGGAGAUUCCUGUGAAAGCAAGAGCAGACAGACAAAGGUUCUUCUUGUUUGUGGAAAGAGCAAUAAAUUGGCUUAUGUGUCUGAGCCAAGUACUUGUGUUUACUCUCUGACAUUUGAGACUCCUCUUGUGUGCCAUCCUCACUCUCUUUUAGUUUAUCCAACUUUAACUGAAGCACUACAAAGGAAGUGGGAUGAAGCAGAGCAGUUUCUGUAUGAUGGACUAAUAACUGAGCAGGGAUACAAAAAAAUACUGAAAGAGAUUUUCGAGGAAGCAGGACUUCUAAGAGUAGCAGAAGAAAAGGAAUUUGAGAAACAGAGUAAGAAAAUAACAAGUCUGGAAUUUGAAACAGUAGAGAGCUGCAAUAAGGAGUACAAGCAACUUUCAAAAGAAUUCAAAAAAAUUAAAGAUUUAUUAACUCAGCAUGGUAUUGCGUACAAAACAAAUUCUGCUGAAAAUACCAGUGUUGAACGUACAAGUCACAGACUGGCUGCUGCAGAGAGAAAUGUUUUUAAUGGGUCAAAGAAUGAUGAACAUCUACGUGGAGAUACAGGAAUUUGGAAUGACACUGUUUGAAGAAUUUUGGGUGGUAAAAACAAUUUCAUAUGGACUGUUCAGUAAGUUGAAUGUGUGUCAUGGUACUAAGAUGAUUCACCUU